AUGUCAAAUCCGAUGAUGUUCUCGGAGAGCUCAAGUAAAAACAGCAGAAGAGUUCAUCAAAGGAGAGACAGGAAGAUGUGGAAGAAACCCAUCAAGAUUUCUAGACUGCCCAGUUUUGGAUUCUCCGGUUCCGACUUCACUGUUGAUCAGAUUCCGGCCAUCUUCUCCGGCUACACUGCCGAGUCUGAAGAUUCUUCUUCUUCUUCUUCUUCUUCUGAGAUGUCUGAUGAUUCCAGAACUUACUCUAAAUCAUCUGAUGAGAACGAACAUAUUGACCAGGAAAGUUCAAGAUCGGUGAAAAGACGAGCGAAAUUGAAGAGUGUUUCAAGUAUGAAGGUUCUUAGGAGACAGUCAACGAGGAAACUACAUGGAGGAGGACAGAGACUGAAGAAGAUGAGAUCUUUGAAGCGUUUAACUUCAAAUUCUACACACAAGAAUCUCGAUUCAAUAUCUAGGGAUGGUUUUGGAUUGUUAAAGCCUCAUUACUUGAGACCAACGAGCUCUUCUGCUUCUAAGAAUAUAGAAAGUAAUCAGAAGAAUCUUGGAGUGGCUCGGUUGAAGAGAAUAGCAAGCUUAAGAUACAAUGGGUUGCUUAAAGCUACGUGUUCUUCAGCUAUGAAAGGUUCUUCUUCUAAGAAGAGUAAUGAUGUUUGCACUUAUAGGUAUUGUUCUCUCCACGGUAGGCGUCAUAGCCACGCUACGGAUAACAAUGUUGGUGUUCCGUCUCUGAAACGGUUUGUGUCGAUGAGGAGGAAGUUUAUGAAGAGGCAGAAUAGUGUGAACCGGCGUUUGGUGUUGUUGAAGCGGACUUUGAGUAGAAAGAGAGGGCCUUUAGGCGGUGGGAUUGUGACUGAUCAAGAGUCAAAGGAGGUGGAUGAUAAUGCAGAUGGGGAAUCUAAUGAAGAGGUGUUUGAAGAAGAGGUUUCUAGCUCGGAGAACGGUGGAGACAAUUCAGAAUCGAAUGGAAGAUCUAGUGAGACAGUAAUGGUAGAUGUUGAGGUUAAUGAGGAAGGAGGUAUGGUAUCAAUGGACACUGUUGCAUCAGCUAAUAAACAAUGGGUUCAGGAAUCUAAAACAGAGAUUAUGGAUGAUUCAGAUGGAAUCAUUAACAAAGAUUUGAAGGAAAACGCUGCACAAUGGCACAAUAUAUGUGAGCAAACUGUGAUGGGUCUCGAUCAUGAGGAAGUGAAGAGUGAGGAAACUGUGGGAGAUAAUGAGAAAGUUUUCAGAGAAGGUUCCUCUCUAGAAAUGAGAGAAGAGGAUGGAAAGAAAACUGUGGGAGAUAAUAAUGAAGAAGUUUUUAGAGAAGGUUCCUUUGGAGAAAUGAGAGAAGAGGAUGUAAAGAAAACAGUAGAUGUAUGGAAUGAAACUGUAUCGCUUGUUAAGCAAGCGUUUGAUGAGAUACUUGCGGAAAUCACUGAUGAUGACUCAUCCGAUGAUACUUCUGUUACAAAAGAUGAACCUUUAGAGGAUGGAUUGCCAAAAGAAGAUGAUGUAGGAGCUGAUUCGAGUGAUUCAUCUAGCUCGGAUAUGCAUCCUACUGAAGGAAGGGACAACCAUUUGUCUGUGAUUGUUUCUGCUUUUCAUAUGGAAUCUGAUCAUCAGAGAGGUCCCAAGAAGUGGACUUACUUGAAAAGGGUAAUUCUUCUCAAGAGGUUUCUCAAGUCGUUGGAUCGAAGAGAGAAGCGUAAGUUGUCUAAUGGUGAAGACAGAGAAACAAUAAUGCGGUUGAGAAGAGAGUUGGUUGGGGAGAGGAAGAAUGCAGAAGAAUGGAUAAGAAGAGCAUACCGAGCCGUCUCCACCAUCUUGGGAGCUUCUCUGUCUUGUUGGGCCUUACAUGGAGCCUGA